AUGAUAUUAUCAAAACUAUAUGAACGUUCUUUAUGUCUUUUAAAUUCGGAAAAACUUGAUACAAAUUUUCAACCAUGGCUUACUAUUUCGGAUGCACAAUUUCAUCCAGAUGUUUGUGCUUUAUAUUGUAAUGCGAAUAUAAAUCCUAUUCAAUCAAUUCAAAUUGAUUAUUUAUCACCAUUAGUAUCUUAUCUAUGGCCAUUAAUACAUCAUGGUGCUCAUGUUUGGGCUGUCGAUCAUCCAACAACACGAGAAACAACACCAGUUAAAUUUGUAUUAAAAUAUGAUUUAUUAAUUUGGGAUAUAUUCUAUCGUAUAAAUAAUCUUCAUCCAUCAAUUAAUUCCGAUAUAGUUUAUCCGAAAGUAUUAAUACUUACACCUGAUUGGGCAACUUGUGAAAAUACAUAUAAACAUUUAUCUAAUGUAAAUACAGAUGUAUUAAAAAAAGUGAAUAUGUGUUGUAUUUAUGAAGGACAAAAUAUUGAAAAUGAAUUAUAUAGAAAAUUAUUAACACAAGGAUGUGAUCUUUUGAUUGCUACACCAACGAUUGUCAAUGAUUUAAUACAGAAACGUCAUAUACAUUUUGAACAAUUACAAAUGAUUGUUUAUGAUCAACUUGAUCUUCUUCUUCAAACUAUUGAACCAAUUGAUGAAAUUUUAAACCUUCUUCAAUUACAUACAACUAAAACAAAAUCACCUCAACAUUUUUUUCUUUCUCGUAUUGUUAAUCAGCAAACAAAAGAUUUUAUAUUCAAAAAUUUUUCAUCAAAAGAAAAUUAUUAUUACCUAUCAACAUCAAUGAUGGAAACUUCAUCAUAUAAAAAUUGUUUUAUCUAUUGUGAACCAUGUCGAAAUUGGUCAGAACGUAAAUAUAUUAUAAAAGAAACAUUAGAUUUAGCACAUCAUUGUCAAAAAAAAGUUCUUAUGUGUGCUUAUCAAACACGUCGUUUAGCAACAAUGCAAAGUAUACUGAAUGAUUUAUCAAUUCAAUCAAUUCUUAUACAUUCACAAUUAAGUCAUGAUGAAAUUCAACAAUAUAUCAAUGAAUGGCAAACAAUAAAUGAUCGUCCAUUAGUAUUAUUAAUACAAGAUGAUAUAUUAAAUGAUAUUCCUAUUGAUAGUACUGAUAUACUUAUUCAUCUUGAUGUUCAACGUCUCAUAUGGUAUCAAUUAUUUAAUCAACGUAUGAAACUUAUGCAUAAACAUUUAUUAAAUGAAAAAAUUUUUAAUGAUAUUAAAAAAAUGAAUUUAACAUCAUUAAAAUCAUUUGAGAAUUUUUAUCAAGCAAAUUCAUCAUUAAAUAUUCCAUUGAUAGUUAUUCUUUGGCCAGGUGAUUGUGCACAAGUAACCUAUGAUUUAAUAGAUUAUAUAAAUAAUUCUAAUUCAUAUUUACAUCCAUUAAUUGAACGUUUAGCUAAAAAUAAUUGUCAUGAAUCAUUACUAGCAAAAAUUAAUGUUGAAUUUUGUCCAACAUUAAAAAUGUUUGGAGAAUGUUCAUAUGAAAAAAAAUUAAAACGUUGUCCAUAUAGACAUCAUUUUCAUUAUGAUGUUGAUUAUAUUGAACAAAAAUCGAUUGAAAAUAGUGUUAAUAAUGAAAAUUUUCUAUCAAAUAAUUUUGAAUUAUAUUUACCAAAUCAAGGUGAAGUUGAAUUACGUAUAACACAUAUUAGUAAUGGAAAUCGUUUAUGGGCAAAUAUAUUACGUUCAAGAAAUGAUAUUAAUCAAACAUUAAUAAAAAUAUUUGAUUAUGAUUUAUUUUUUCAACAAAUACAAGAUGCAUUUAAUCAUGUUAAAAAUCAUCCAUUAAAAGAAAUUGUAUUUGGUGAAAUUUAUUUAUAUGAAGAUGAAUAUAAUAAAAUACAUCGUGUUUAUGUAUAUGAACAAGAACAAACAUAUUUUAAUAUAAGAAGAGCUGAUUCGAUUUUAAAUCGACUUUUAAAAGUAUCAAAUACAAUGGCAACAGCAAUGGAUGAUCAAGAAAUCGAUAAACAAAUAUCAACAAACAAUGAACAAAAUUCAUCUCUUGCUACAGCCGAUCGUCCAACAUUAACUGUGUUUAGUCUCGAUACUGGCAUAACAUUUACAUUAAAAUCUAAUGAAAAUCUCUAUGCAAUUGAACCAUCUUCAUUAAAACAAUAUCCUCCAUUAGCAACUGAAAUUAUUUUAUGUAAUGUUUAUCCAUUAGAUAAGAUAACAAUGACAUUUACAUCAUUUGCAAUUGAAACACUUCGUUCACUUACAUUAAAUGAAGUUUUUAUGGGUCGAAUUAAAUUAGCAACACGUUCUUGUUUUUGGAUAGAUCCACUUGUUAAACCAGUUCGUUUAACUGCACUUAAACGUAUUGCAUAUGAUAAACCAAUACGAAAACAAUUAAUUCUAUCUAAACUUGUUCAAUCAAAUGAUAAUCAUAUGAAUAUACUUGAACGUUUAGCUUUUGAAGCUAAACUUAAUGAAUCGUCGACAUUUAAUCAAGAAGAAAUAAAAGAACAAAUUGAAUCAACAAAAGAAUUAGAUAAACAAGAAGAAAUAAAAGAACAACAAUCUGAUUCAAUAAUCAAAUCAGAUGUACAACAACAAAUAUCAAAAGAAGAAACAAAUGAAGAUUUUUCACCUGAAUUUAAACCAUUUCUUAAUCGAAUUGGACAACUUAUUAUUAAUCCUGUAGGUCGAUCAAAACAAUUCUUUUCUAAACAUAAUCAACAAACAUAUUCAGAUUUUGUUAAACCAAUUUCUUCAUCUGAAAAUCAUGAAAUAUUAUCUAAAGAAUGUUCAUCAUUAAAUGAAGAUACAUCAACUGUAAAAACAAAUAAUAAUAAUAAUAAUAAUAAUAGUGAUCGAUAUCUUCCACUUGGUCGUGGAUAUAAAAUUAACAUUGAAUCAUCAUCUAUAUCAAAUGCUCCUCCUCCCAGUUUUCAUCAUUCAAAAGAACAUUCACCAUUUCAAACUCUAGGAAAUACUCAACAAUUAUCAAGUGAAAAAAUUGCAUCAUCUGUAACGACACCAUCAGAAAUUGGACCUAGUAAAAUGACAGAAAUUCAAACCAAAAAUGUACAAUUGGAACAUGAAGACGAUGAUAAUGAAAUAUAUCAGGAUACUACUGAUACAAUUCCUAAUAUAGAAUCAUCAAUUCCACUACCAACGCUUCCAACUGAAAUAAAACAAGAAAAUAUUGAUGAUAAUGAUCAAAUGAUGUUUAUUUUUGGUCCAAAAUUAUUUUCUCAACUUCGCCAAAUAAAAGAUAUGGAAGAUGAACAACGUCGGCAAUCAGAUUUUCCUGUACAACGAAAUCGUAAUCGUCAUAUGCGUAAUCAAAAUUCAAGACCAAAUAAUCAAGAUAAUAAUAAUAAUAAUAAUAACGAUGAAAAUAAUGAAACAAAUGAACAAAGUGUACUUCCACCAAAUAUGAGUCGUUAUGAACCAUUCGUUGGUGAACGUGGUCCAUUAACUCAAGAACAAAUUAAUUAUAAACAAACUCAACGUAAAACACGUCUUUUUUGGGAACAAACAUCUCGAGAUAUUUAUUUAACAAUUGGUUUUUAUAAUGUUGAUUCAACUCAAACACGUGUUGAAUUUGAAUUAAAUUCAAUUUAUUGUCGAACUAGAAUUCGAACAUAUGAUCGUUUUGUUCGAAUAUAUUUAGCACAUGAAAUUGUGCCAGAAAAAAGUUUAUUUCAAGUACGUCGUUCAAAUAUAUUAGUAACAAUACGUAAAGCAAAAGAAGGUGUUACGUGGUCAACAUUAACAAAUCAACCAGUUGAACCACGACCAGAAUUUUUUACUAUUGAUUAUGGUUCGGAUGAUGAAUCCGAUACAGAAAAACGACGUCGAACUGUUAAUCGUCAAUGGGAUCAGAUACGUGAAGAUAAACGUAAAUUAAAAAUAAAUAAUAAUAAUAAUAAUGAUGAUGAUGAAAAGUUUAUUAUUGAUGAUAUUGAUGAUGAUCAUCAACAACCACAACUACAAACAGAUCCAUUAACUAUUCUUGAUGAAGAAGAAAAAAAUCAACAGGAAUUAACCGAUACAUCAUCUGAUUGUCAUACAACUGAUUCAGAUGAUUGCUAUUAUGAAGAUCAAGUACCAGCUAAUCAUAUACCGAGAGGUUAUGAUGAAGCUGAUUUUGAUCAUCGUUUUUACGGACAACAUAUACGAUCUUAA